AGCCUAUUUGUGUAAUUUGUGAUCAAGGCACAUCUUUCCAAGCAGCCUUGAAAAGCUUUAGAGAGGACACUAAGCGUGAUCAAAUACUUUCAGAUCAAGAACCAGAUGGCUCAGUUACUAUCAGCGGCGUCAACCUGAGCAUUAUUUAUGACCCGUCACAUUUGAUUAAAGAAAUUAGAAAUAAUUUCUUGAAUAAGAACAUAGUCAUGGAUGGUAAAACAUCCAAGUGGACUGAUAUUGUGGAUGUCUAUGAAACUGACUGUAAACACACAAUCUAGACUCCUUCAUAUUCAAAUUCAAAUUCAAAUUCAAAUAAUUUAUUUGCUUAAAAUGCAGGUUACAUUAAAGGUGGAUAGGUAUUUAUUACAGUACCAGAUACAUUUUGUCGCUUUACGACAUGCAAAAGUUUUUAUACAGUCACAAAAAUUAUAACGUCAAUACAAUAAUACAACAAUUAACUCUAUCAACAAAUAACUUAGAUAGACACAGCAUGCAAAAUAUAUAUUUAUUUUUGUAACAAUUCCGAUACAGAAUAGAAAGACUUCUCUAUAAGCCACGUUUUAAGAAUGUUCCGAAACUUGUUGAAGGGCAAAUCUUUAAUCUUACUAGGAAUAGCAUUGUAUAUAAGUCCACACAUAACAUAACAAUUUUUUAAAUACAUUGUUGUUCUGGGUAUAUUACCUAAGACAAUUCUGUUUGGAUUUCUCGUGUUUCUAGGGUACAAGUCCUUGGCUGUUUUAAAGAGAUUAGGGUGUAGCUUUACAAACUUCGCUGCUUCCAGGAUAUACAUGCCGGCUAAUGUAAGAAUUCUAAACUUUUUAAAAAGUGGUUUGCAAGAUUCCCAAGGUGGUAUGCCAGCAAUGGCUCGAACACAUUUUUUUUGUGCAAGAAAAGCUUUCUGUACUUCCGUGGAGUUGCCCCAUAGUACCAGACCAUAAUUUAGGACAGAGAAGACGUAUCCGUAGUAUGCCGCUAGUACAGUUUGAAGUGUAGAAGUUUUGCGUAGUUUAUAAAGUACAUAAACAAAUCUAUUAAUUUUGUCACACACUUUUUCAACAUGAGCUUUCCAAUUAAGGUAUUUGUCUAAGGUGAUACCUAAAAAUGUUGUUUCAUUUACCUCUGAAAUCGGUUGAGAUAUGUAUUUAAUUUGCAAUUCUUUAUGUGGUCUACCGUAUGUGCUAAAUUGGAUAAAAUUUGUUUUAUUUAAGUUAACCUGUAAAUUAUUAUUGCUAAGCCAUUCUAUAAUAGAAUUUAUGGAAUUAUUUAUGUCAGAAGUAUAUGUGUCAAUUUCGGAUUUUUUAUCACAUGUCACAAUUAAAGAAAUAUCGUCAGCAAAUAAAAUGGUAGAUUUCGAUGUUAUGUCUGGAAGAUCAUUAAUAUAUGUCAAAAAUAGUAGUGGACCUAGGAUGCUACCUUGUGGGACACCACAAUUAUUUACCAUAGGAGUAGACUUAUAUGGGCGGAGUUCUUUAGUUUCAUCGAUAUUUACUAUUUCAACGUAUUGUCUCCUAUCUGAUAAAUAAGUCUGUAACCACCUUAACGCGGGUCCUCUAAUACCAUAUUUAUUAAGUUUUUCUAAUAGUAGUUUAUGGGAUACACAAUCGAACGCUUUAGACAUGUCAAAAAAAAUAACUGUGACCAAUUUACCAGUAUCUAGAUUCUUAACCACGGUGCUCACUAGAUCAAAACAGGCUAAAGUUGUAGAUUUACCCUUCUGAAAUCCGUACUGUUCAUUACGUAAAAUUUUAUGUUUCUGAAAGAAGCUUAUCAGGCGUCUAUGCAUCGCUGAUUCAAAUAUUUUUGAAAUGAUUGGGACCAGUGCUAUGGGUCUAUAAUUACCUAGGUUAUCCUUAUCCCCUUUUUUAUAUAAAGGCUUUACUAUUGAAAGUUUGAGUGGACUAGGGAAACAACCAUUUAUAAAUGAUAAGUUAAUUAAGUGAGUUAGUAACGGCGUGAUUUCAACGGAACAGGCCUUGAGUAUAUUUGUUGCUACUCCGUCAUAGCCUUCAGCACUGGUGUUAUUCAAGGACAUUAUAAUUUUGUGAAUUUCCUCACAACUACAUGGAUGUAAAAAGAUGCUGCUAUCCAUGUUAGUUUUACACGUAUUGAAUAGAGAGUUAUUAGUAGUUGAUACAUUAAUAAAAUAUUGAUUAAAUGUUUCAGCUAUUUCAUAUGGGUCACUUAUCAACAAGCUUUCUUUUUUAAUGCUAGCGAUGAUCUCUACCUGUUUAUUGGCUUCUGAUGCAUGUUUUAUUAUUUGCCAUGAUGUCUUGCAGACAUUUUUUGCUUUAGUUAUCUUGUCAAAAUUACGGAUUCUUAUUGAUUGGUCGAUACAUUUACGUAAGAGUUUCGAAUAUGUUUUGUAUUUGAUUUUGUUUGUUGUGCAUUUAUCCAUAUAAUAUUUGUAGCGUAACGAGCGUUUUGUUUUGCAACUAAGUUUUAGACCUUUAGUAAUCCAUUUAGAUUUACGAACCUUAUUGGAUCUUUUGAUUCUGGUUGUAGGAAAACACAGGUUAUAAAACAAUGUGAAGGUCUCAUGAAAUAAUUGAAAUGCCGAUUCAAUAUUUUCUGCUUCAUGUACCUCGAGAAAUGAUAGACUACGCAGACAUUCCCUGAAUUUAUGUAAAUACUCUACGUUAUAAUGUCUUUUAUUAAUAAAGUACUCCAAUAGUGGCGUUUCUUUGUUUAUUGCAGGAAUAUUAAGCAAUUGAGCAGUGUUGUGGUCUGAGAUAUCUAAAUGUAAUAGUUCACCUGUAGCAUACGCCAUAUUACUUAUAAUGUGAUCAAUGCAGGACUUUUUACGGGUGGGUUUUGUUAUGUGCAAGUGUAAGUUAUAGUUCUUUGCAAGAUCUACUAAAAUCUUAGAUUCUUUAUUGUUCGUUUGUAUAGUGUCGAUAUUUAGAUCGCCAGCCAAUACGAGUUUUUUACUAUGCCUGUAAGUAAUUUUAUGCAAUAAGGUUGUGAGUUUCGCAAUAAAUAGGUUAAAGUCAGAGUCAGGUGUUCGAUAUAAGCAAAUUAUAAACAUAUUUUGGGAUAUUAGAUCAAUAGCACAACAUUCGAAAUGCUUGUCUAUGGAAUACUCAUUGUUAUAGUUUAGUUCUUUAUACUGUAAUCCUCGUUUAAUUAAAAUACAUACUCCCCCCCGUUUUUGUUUUGCUUGUCUACUAUAUGACGUUGCUAGGGAGUAACCCGACACAUUGGCCAUUUGUUCAUGACCUCUUUGAAUGAAUGUCUCAGUUAGACACAAAAUGUCCACUUCUUUUCCCUUAUCUAACAGUUCAUUUAAGUGAAUUUCUAGCAAGUGACGCUUACUAAACAAACCAGCAAUAUUUUGGUGUAGAAUUCUUACAUAUGUUUCAUUUGUUUUGUUAUUUACGAAAAAAUACAUUAUUUAAAGCAGGUUCUUGGAUAGCAGGCGUUGGUUCAGUUUGAGUGCAUUGGUCAAUCGUAAGACUGUUGUUUUUGUUCAAACCUGAGCAAGAAGCAUCAAGGGAGGUAUCCUUUAUAUGUACACUUUUCCGUCCUAAACAUGUUCUGUACACAGAGUUGCUAGUGGAAACCAAAAAUCUUUGAUUAUAAUCGGUUUGAUCAAGUAUAUAAUUUAUUCUCUUACAUAAAUCAUAGAAAAUAUCAUGAGAGUUCUCAUAAUCAAUGUCAACGUAAGUACAUCGUGUAUAUUGCUUACAAAUUAGUCGUAACAUAGUAUUUAAUUUAUAUUGAUUCAUAUACCUAUUUCUGUAAACCUUUAGAACUAGAACAUGACAUUUUAUGAUCUUCAUGACUGAACAAAGUUCAGCUGACACGUGAAAGGGAUUAGAGUCAUUUUGCCCUAUAAAUAAUAUAACUCUAUCCUGUUCUGUUAUGUCGAAAAGUUUAACACUGUUGAGUAUUUCUUCUGUACUGGCUUGAGUUUUAACGAUUGAUAUAAAUUGAUAUUGCGAAUAGGGAUUUCGAGUUCUUGAUGAGAUGAGAUGUUUUGUCAAUCCUGAACAUUGUUGCCCUCCGAAGAUAAAUACUUUGUUUAUUUUUUCCUGCUCGGAUUUUGCAUAAGUAGUGGAGUUUGUGCUGUACUUCUUUUGUUGACACGUUGGUAAGGCAAUUCCAUGUUUUGGUACAGAAGCUUGUGAACUCGCGAUGCAAAGCUCAUCUUUGGGACCUUCUUCGAAUCGUUUAUUUAUGGUGGGCGCUAUGUUCAUUGCGUGUUGGUGAUAUGCUGCUGAUGUUGAUGCGCUGUUUUGGGAGGCUGCUUUUAGAAAAGCCUCUUUUUCACUAGCCUGAUGUUGAGUCCCUGAGGUGGGUUGAAUUUCUGGCAUACCGGUUGUAUUUUGUGUUUCAAGUGGAGGGAUUGUAAAAGAAUCUGUAAGUCGUCUUUUGGCAUUAUUUUUUUUGGUAGAAGACUGAGAAUUGCGUAGUGAUGAUAAUGGGCUUCUGCAAAUCUGUUUCAAUAUCUCGAUUUCCUGUGAUAGCUGAGAUAUUUGUUUUUUUAAAUCUGUGUUCUCAAGUAUUAAGUUUUCUAGUUCAUUUUGUGUAGAAUGUAAGCUGGACUUCAAACUAUUAAUUUCUGUUUUCAUUUCUUCUCUGUCCAGAGCUGUCAUGUGCGUAGAUACAUCUAGACUUUUACCCAAUAGAUCGUCUGAGUAUGAAGAGUUAAGGGAUGCGCUCAUAUCUAUUUUAUCAAGUGACUUAUGUUUUCGCAAUGGUUUUCUAAAAGUUAUAUUAUUUGUGUCUUCCAUCGUCUAGCGCCCUCUAUGCGUACAGCACUAAAUUAGUAUCGUGUUUAUUGAUCUACGACUGACGCGGUUGUUACAGUUUCCGCUAUUUGGCAACAGAUGUCACUUAAGGUGCAGGUAUCGAAAUUAAUUAGUGACUGUAAUGUAAUUAGUCAAGUGAUGUCGUAGCUAAGCUAUUCGCCAACAGAUGUCGCUUGCCAAUUGUAAGAGGUAAGUAUAUCAACGAAACCUCUACCGUCUUUUAGUAGAAUGUGUCGAAUUUCCAAAUUACUGCAGAAGAUUUACAUAAGUCUAGCACAGUACAAUCACGGCUGGUGCGUAUAUGAUUUUCAUUUAUUAUUUAUGAAUAUCAAUUAAAAGUACAUACGGAAUUUAGAAGACUUGUGUUUCUGUAGGUCAAUUUUAACACUUGUUAUAACUUCAGUCUCGGGCUUGAUUAUGUGGAGAUAACGUUUGUACACAAACUACGGUUUAUAAUUGACACUUUUAUACACACAAUAUCACUUUUACUGCACAAAUUUAAUUUUAAAGAAUUAUUGAACAGAGAGUUGACAGUGGACAAUGUUUACUUGCGCGCACCCUCAAAAUUGAAUGACCAACAUGUCAUUCCUGAAAAAAUCAAGACGAUGAAAGUCAAGAAUUGUGUCAGUGCUGAGUUCAACAGUAUCUGCAGCUUUGUCCUAUACAGCUCAAUUUUGAUAGAGCGAAGUGGAAGAAGAAGAUUCGGAAAGCGGACCCCGUCACAAGACGGGAUAAACGCUAAGAAGAAGAAGAAGACCAAUAUCGGAAACAAAAUCGAUACCUACACAUGCGUCACACUAUGCGGAUGGCAGGCCUGUCAGUGGCACGAUAAAAAUACUGCUGAAACAGUACUGUUUUUCGACAGACUUUUUGAUAGCGUGAAUGGAGCAGGAUCUGCAAAGGGAGCCAGAGGAAAAUUAAGAACUGCAGUGACAAAAAAAUGGUGACUCUCUCAUCCAGUGACUAUCUCAUCCAGUGACUCUCUCAUCCAGUGACUCUCUCAUCCAGUGACUAUCUCAUCCAGUGACUCUCUCAUCCAGUGACUUUCUCAUGCAGUGACAUUUACCAGUGACGUUUUAUGUAAUCAUUUGUGUUUUACUGCAGAAAAUUCUAAUAUACCUAAUAUUUGGAAAUUUGACCUUUUAUUCCAAAUCACCUAACUCUCUAACAGGACGUUACGGCAACUACCCUUAAGAAGAAUAUGUAAGUCAUCGUAUAGCCCUUAUGGCAUACUUUUAAGACGGCCCCUAAAAUGGGUGGCUGCACCCAGUGUAAAACACUAGUAUAGUUAUUAAGCUGAGUUGUUAUUAAUAACAAACUAGGUCUCGCUUACUAACAACUUAAAAUGAUUGUGCAACAAUGUAUGUGCCACCUAUGUUGAAUGUAAGACAAAUAUAUUUUCUGCUGAUAUAGUGUCUACCUACUUACCUUUGAACAAUAAGCCUUUCACACAUUGUAAAAGGCACUGAUUUAAAUAGCGUUAGCCUUUGUCAGAUAACCACUCGCCAUACAAGUAGCUAUAAUCACGUACGUCAAAUAUUUUUUGACUAUCAUCAUGGGCAAAACAUACGGCAAAGAAGAAGCUGUGAUCGCCCAAAAUAACGCGAUAGAAUCAAAAGUGACGAGAUACGAGAUCGGUUUCGCAGUCAUGGCAACCGCAGUAGUCCUCAUCGCAGUGUUAAUAUCGUGUCGUCAUUUCCGAAACCGCGUUAAGAAACUUGUGCAUAAAGAAAUAGUGAACACAGCUGGUGUUGUGACCACGUUGCCUGGGCGCAUAGAAGCUCGUACGAUGACGCAGCAGCCACCGCAGGCUAGCUACGCGUAGGAGGUCCGCCCAAUACAAAAUGUUAUUGUUCUGUUAUGGCCAGUGCUUAUCGCAAUAUGUAAUAGAAUACCUUCCCUGCAAUGUAAUGUUUAUGAUUUUUGUAUCUUACUUUGUAUUGUAAUUGUAUUUACUUUGUGUUGUGUGUAGUAAGUAAGAUAUAUUUUGUUGUGUUUUAAGAAAAUUUGUGACAAAUUUUGGGGGGGAGUACUGUAGGGACACAUGUAAGUAUGUAUGGCAGAGUGCAAGGCAAGCAAAAACUUGUGUGAGCGUGAAGUAUGCGAGGCACGGACAGUUACUGCGCACUGGUCCGAGUGAACAGUUCUAUCUGGGGGUUUACGCGAAAUAUAUCCGGUAUCCGAA